AAUGAAUACCAGUGACUUCUGAUCCUGCAAUAAAUACCAGUGACUUCUAAACCUGAGAUAAAUACCCGUGGCUUAUUGUAGUUACAAAUAAUACCAGUGACUCCCAAACUUCAGGAAAGAAAUUAGUACAGGAUAAUAAUAAUCAUACAUCCAAAUUAGCUCUUCUACCAGGGAAAACAACUCUUGCAUAUUAUAUUUACAUAUAUUGGAUGUUGGGACAGUAAAUAAUAGUGUUUUUGGUAAUUUGUACAGGUCAAAUUUAAAUCAGUUUAAUAUGCAUCAAGAGAUUGGUCUACAUGAAACAUCAACUAGCGUUGUUGUAAAUAAGACUAUAUCAAGAUCUAGUGUUGAACACAGAGAUACAAAACCUACAGUAAAAUAUGUGGGGAAAUAUAAAUGCGAUGUCUGUCCUAGAGUAUGUAGGAGCAAGUCUGAACUUGAGGAACAUUAUGGAAUUCAUACUGGAGAAAAGAAUUUCAAAUGUGAUAUCUGUUUAAAGACAUUUAACUUCAAGUAUAGCCUUGUAAGACAUUCUUAUAUACAUACUGAAACGAGGAGUUUUAAAUGUAAAGUCUGUUUAAAAACAUUUAAACACAAACUGAACCUUAAAAAACAUUCUAUAAUACACACUGGAGAUAGGAGUUUCAAAUGUGAAGUCUGUUUGAAGGCAUUUAUCAGAAAGUCUUGCCUAAUGUUACAUUCCAAGAUACAUACUGGUGAGAAGAAUUUCAAAUGUGAUGUUUGCAGCAAAACAUUUAUCAGAAGUUCUCAGCUCAGGGCACAUUAUGUAAAUCAUACGGGAGAGAAGCAUUUCAAAUGUGACGUUUGCCUAAAGACAUUUUACAAAAAAACCUACCUUGUAAAACAUUCAAAGAUACAUACUGAAGAGAGGAAUUUCAAAUGUGAUGUUUGUCUAAAGACAUUUAAAUACAAAUCUACCCUUGUUCAACAUUCUAUGAUACAUACUGGUGAAAGGAAUUACAAAUGUGAUUUUUGUCUUAAAACAUUUAAACGCAAAUAUGACCUGGCAGAACAUUGUACGAUACAUACUGAAGAGAAGAAUUUCAAAUGUGAUGUUUGUCUUAAGACAUUUAGAUGCAAAUCUCACCUUGUAACACACUCUAAGAUACAUACUGGAGAAAGAAAUUUCAAAUGUGAUAUUUGUCUGAAGACAUUUAAAAGCAAAUCUCACCUCGUAAGUCAUUCUAAAAUACAUACUGGAGAAAGGAAUUCCAAUGUGAUGUUUGUCUAAAGACAUUUAAACACAAAUUUGACAUUAGACGACAUUCUAAAAUACAUACUGGAUAGAGGAAUUUCAACUGUGAUGUUUGUCUUAAGACAUUUAAACACAAAUCUCAGAAAUUGUAGUAUAUUCUAAGAUACAUACUGAAGAAAGGAAUUUCA